AAAGAAGGAUGUCUCACUCACUUUGCUGGCAAAUGAGGCCUGAACACCUCAUGACGCAUAACGCAUAUUACAACAUGAGAGCCGAACUGAACAGAUUGAAUAAACUGAGCGUAUUUAAGAUUUCGCUCGUAAUGGUUGCUUUAGCUUGGGAUAUCUUCGUUUCAUCUUCUGUCACCCUUAGAAAUAGUCCAGUUUACCGCUUGGAAAGUGAAUAGCGUUGGAUAUUGUGUUUUGAAAAGACCUAACGGCUUACAAGGUCGAAUUCGUGUGUAUUGUCAUGUUUUUUAGACAAAUAACAACGUUGGCCGAAAACCACACUGCUCGAGCAAAAUUUGUUUUACACCGUCUCCAGUUUUCGAACCGCAAAUCUCCGUGUAUCCCUUCAAAAUUUGCUAAACCAAAGAGUCCAAAAAUAUGCUCAUUAUUCCUCGGGAAAUUUUUCUAAGCUGUAAAGUUUACCGAGACUUUUCUCAGAAAACAAAGAAACAAAGGCGUGGUUUGGGCUUGGUCUUAGAGUUACCUUGUUUUCGAUGGCCUUUGCUUGCGGCCUUCCUUUCCAGGGACAACUAUAAAAAGAGAAUAGUCUCCGUGUAUUUGCGAACGUGGGAAUGCCGAGUGAAGAAUGCCGCUAAGCCAUAUGGCAACAGAAUUCAGAGUGCACGAAAACAUUCUAAGAUGAAAAUGUUUGAGCCAAUGUGCCAGGAAGGUCGCGUUUCAAUUUGGUUUUUGCAAUCUGUUUGCAUUAGAACAACAACAGGAUCCAGAUUUGUGUUGGCAAAGAGAGUUUGUUUUUCUCUCCUAGACAAUUCAUGUAUAUAGGAGGAAAAAUGGUCGCUGAUUGGUCAAAACGAGAGUAGAUCAACCGCGCCGUUCUUUAUUUCAAGCAGAAACUUCUCCUCUUUUUGUCAUCGCUCGAUGUUUUAUACGCCGAAGAGUGUCGGACAGAAUGUUCCUUAUAUUUCAACGCCCCCUUUAUUCAAGGCACUUAACAUAAUUUUAAAACAUGUAAUAGUAUUUCUGAUCUUUCGACGAUGAUGUUUUUGCUAAAGACAAGUUUGCAUUUCUGCAUGUUUGGAAAAAUCAAUUCACGCCUUAUUAUAGAUGCUUAUUAAAAAAUCCUUACAAUCUGCGAGCGUGUAGACGGUCACAUCCGAGUUUUGUUUUAAAGGUCAAAUGCCCGGCUAGAUGUGUUGCAUAAUUUUUACCGUAAAAUGAGGAUGCUCCACGAGGAGUCAAUCUGUGACCUGCUGUCUGCUCGUUAAAAUAUUCAAAACAGGUGUCAAAAAUAGAUUGCUUCUUGCUACUAAAAGAACCAAAUGUUGUGUUUGGCGUGAGUUCUAUGAAGAAACCAACCUGACAACCAAGAAUGGUGAUCCGAAAAUAUUGCUGUCAAAUUCUUUUGCUGUGGAUGCAAGCGGCUAGCACUGGUUAUGGCCAGUCACCAGGCCCGGAGAAUUCUGGCGCAGAACAAUCGUCGUAUUACGGCCGAACCAUUUGUGAGACAUUCGACAAGAACAUGACAGCCCCAAAACUUGUCGUCUGUCCUGAAGGCAACAGGUAUUGUUUCACAACUGGUUAUAUCACAAGGCGGGGUGAGCUGCAUGUCAUAUCGAUGGGCUGUUGGCUGAGACCCGAGUCUGAGGAAGGAGUUUGUCACAAACGUAGCUGUCUGUUUGGAAUUCGACCCUCGAUCGGCUCUAAGACAGAAAGGACAUGUUGCUGCAAGGGAUUCGUCUGUAAUAAAAAUUCAACGCACGUGAAUCAAUUCUUAGUGGAGGAAAAGCCCUCCACGACGUCACAAACAGCAUACAGUGAAUCGCCAGCAAAAAAGCACAAAGCAAGCAGAGUAAAGGAUAUCAGCCCUAAGGAAACAGUUAUUCUUGGGGUGAUAUCGAGCGUGUUUGCCACGUUUCUCAUCCUAAGCAUCGUGUUCGUGAGCUGGAGAUGCGCCGCCCGUAAAAACAAGCUUACGCUACCAAGCAAAGCACGCCCCGUUGAAAAGUCUGUGGAAGAUAUCGUUGAAUAUUCUGUGAUGAGCACAGAUGGCAUUUCCUUCAGCAACUUGAUCCACAAGGGGAAGUUUGCUGAUAUUUGGACGGCGAAAAUGGAUGGAAGAAAAGUUGUUUUUAAAAUUUACAAGCAUGAGUACUGCGCGAAUUGGAAAAAAGAAAAAAAGACAUACGAUGUUCUUGGGGCUCACCCAAACGUUGCCCAGUUCCUGUCUGGAGUGGAACUUCUUGGUCCUUACAAAUCCGGAAAGGCCAUAAUUCUGACGUACUACCCAUGCGGGUCUCUGCUUCAGUUCCUCUCCUCAAAUGUUUUGUCAUGGCGAGCAAUGUACAAUUUGGUAUUCUCUUUAGCAAGUGGUGUUGCGUACAUACACGGGGAAAUCGACGAGUACGAUCACUAUCGACGCAAAGUGAUUGUCCAUCGGAAUCUGAACAGCGGCAAUGUGCUAGUCAAAAAUGACGAGACUUGCGUCCUUGCUGAUUUUGGUACUGCUGUCCACGUCACUGGAAAGCAGAUUCUGCCGACUGUAGAGGGAGGGAACAUCUUUUACAUGCCACCCGAAGUUCUUUGUGAUUCUAUCAACUGGAAUGAUUGGGAGUCAUCGCUUAAACAAGCAGAUGUUUAUUCGGCGGGUUUGAUUUUCUGGGAAAUUGUCAGGAGAUGCAGAGAUUUCUACACGGACCAGGCCCCUGUGCCAGAUGCGAUUUUGCCGUAUCAGCUGGAAUUAGGGGACACUCCAUCUGCUUCACAAAUGAUCGCGCAUGUGCACAAAGAGAGAAAGCGACCGCUAUUCCCUGUCACAAUGAUCGAGCCUGACAAGAGUGACGCAUUGCUGCGCAGCACCAUCGAGGAGUGUUGGGAUACAGAACCAGAGGCACGUUUGACCGCUCUUUGUGUUGUGAAAAGAAUGCAAGAGGUACGAAAUAACAAAACAAAUUACGACGAUUUUCAAAGAAACGAAGAGUCAUAUCUUGAAUUUUCACCGAGCGAAUCAGAACAGCCAUCACAAGGCGACAUGGAGGAAUCAAGUUCUCUUGGAGACAUCAGGUUGAAUGAGAUUUGCAUUGACAGAAAUGACUGUCCGCUGGCCUCCAAAUACUCAUGGUCAUCCGGGCAAUCAGAAGAUAUGGCGGAAAGGAGGCUACUCGAAAAUGCCGGUUGCAUUUAUUCGGAUGAGACUUGCUGAGGUUGCUCCCACGGUGUCACCAUUAUCCAUAAAGCAAUAGAGAGAAGUAGAUCUUUUUGACUGGGUGGGUAGCCGCUCUGUUAGUUACCUGUGGAAUUUUCAUUGAUUAUUUUUGCCUAGGUGUUAAAUUUGUGUUUAGAACUUCGAUUCUUAAUACAUGUAUUAAUAGCUUGGUAUUUAGUCCCGAGACUUUAUCGCCAUACCCUCGUUUGAUUGAAAUAUCAAAUUUGUGGGGUUGUUAUUAACGGUCAAAGACCAUCGUUUAACGAGGCAUGCAUCACAAACGGCAUGAGUCAAGUCGAGUCAUGAAAUGACUUACACUUUGAAUCCUAACAUUUUGCUCAAGAUUUUAUUAAAUAGGAAGCUCAUUUUGUAUUUAAUACCAGGGGAAUAGUUUCCACAGAAAAUUUGCACUCCCACAGGGAUCAUCAUUUGCAUCUUUAUGCCCUUUCUUAUUGUUUUUCCUUUCGUUUGAAGAGUCGGGUGUUUUCUUUAAUUUUAUUACUUUCCAAGCUUCUCAAAUUUGUUCUUCUAAUCCAUCUUUUUAUCGUUUCUGCUUAUCACUUGGUCUGUCUGUUCCACAUUUCCUUCUUGCUUGAUCAAUUUUUUACUCUGUUUAAGCCUAUAAAAGAUUGAUGAGUCUAUUGUCGUUAAAACAGACUAAAACAAGUGGCUUGGCAAGCCCACUACCCAUCCACUCAUAUUUCCUUUCAAUCUGUACGUUCAGUGAGGAAAAUAAGCAGAGUUAACAGCGUCAGUUGUUGGGAGCUAAUAUUCGCUUUUUGAGGUCUAUCAGUUACUAACAAUGUAAUUAUUGUAAUAUAGAUAAUUUAGACUCAGGAAUUAGCGCAUUGCGUAUUGUGUUUUUACACGUAAAGGUUUUUAGUGGAAUUCUUAGAUGCCCGUUCAGAAUUUCUCGUUCACGUUUUUCUUUAAGCUUUAACUGCAGUGACAUAAAGUUGCAUGUUAGUUUAUAUUUUAUAUUUUUGUUUGUACAAAAGACACAAAUGCUAGGCCCUUGGGUCCUUGAUAAUAAUCGUAAUGAAAUUUAUGCCGCUGUCUUGAUUAACAGGAUUAGACAGUGAGAUUUAAGACAUGCUCCAAGUACUGAUAAUUAUUAGCGCAUGGCAAAGCCCGGUUCAUAAAAAACUAAAACUAACAUUAGAGACUCACAGACUUUGUUUUUCACAUUUCAACUCCCCUAAGCUCCAAUCAGCCAAGCAUGAAAAAGAAUUCAAGGUAAACAUACGUUUUCCUAUAGCCAGUCCACACACUUGUCAGAAAAACCUUUACUCUGUGGACCAUAACCUAUUUUGUUAACCUAUUUUAACCAUAACUUAUGCAGCAACAUGAACACCGCUUGUCUAUCUCAAAGUAGACUCGUGUUUCCUUGUCGUUGGUUAACACUCGACACCCCAAUGCUGUAGCCAACUAUGCUCUUAACCUACACGAAUAUCCUCCCCGAGUGCCCUAGCCAUCAAUGUUUGUGCUAUUAAUUUGCUAGUUCUGCGUAGCAUUCAACUACACGUCUUUCAUUUUUAUUUUAUAAAUAGGGCUGGUUGUUAUUCGUAGAUAGAAGAUUUUUCAAUUCGUUGAGAUACAACCAUUCCAAACGCGACUUAAUCGAUGCGAAAUAUUUUGGUACUUUCUUAAGUUAUCAAAGGUAAUCAUGAGACCAAAUUCAAGAGCUGGAGGUCAGAUGUCAUGCUUUUUGGGUUGAAGGUCACAGUUCGAGGGGGAUAAGUCAAAAUUCUUAUGUUCGCGCAAAAGGUUCAAUCUCAAACAAAAACAAGAGUAAAUUGAUAAAUAUUUGCUGCGAAUCUAAGUUUUUAUCAAAAAAAAAUCUAUUUGUUAGAAAUCGUUUCUGAUGCCCUCCACAUUUCCCGCCAUAUCCAUAAUAAUUCCGGCAAUACUGUUUCGUAUCAAGUCAAGAUUGGUUGAUUGUAAUAGACAUUAGAUAGAUAUUCUGUUGUUGUUAGAACAGUUUUAGAAUUAACAAUUUUUUGUAGAUAUAUAAAUAUCAGAUGCGUAGUUUCUGUAACUUCUGAUAGAUUGGACAACCACGCAUUCAUCUGGUACAUAGUACAAGAUCAGUCAUCUUAACAUGCAUGCAGUUUAAAUUCCUUGACGUUAUUGUAGUGAAAUGUCACAGUUUGUCAAUUGAUUUCCAGCAGUGUUUUGAUUCAUUUUUUUAUUAUCGCCAAUCCCUGGAAGUGUAUUUUGUUUUUCUUUUUCAACCAAUUAGCAGCGAGGAGAAAA